GUCAAGUGGUUAGAAACGCAGUGCUGCCAACAUGAGUUGCAUGCAUGCGCAGCCGGUGGUGGACAAAAGCGUGAUGCCAAAAAUAAAAAUAAACGUCGGUUUUGCUGUGUAAAAUUUUCUUGUGCGAUUUUAAAUUAUAAAUAAAUGGAGAAAACGUACAAAAAUCUGCAUAAUAAAUAGUUGUAAAGACGUUCGGUUCACUUUUGUCUCGGAAGUUAACAAAAAUUUUUGUUGGGCAAUUGUAUUUCAACGUCAAUUGUAAAAUCAAAAAAAAAGCUAUAAAAUAUGGAAAAUUUGCACUGUGUUGAAAAGAUGGGCGAAAUUACGCAUUUCGUUUUUGCUUAGUGGUGGAUUCGAGUAGAAGAGACGAGCACAAAAAGAAAUUGGCAAAAUUGUGAAAACAAUACAACGCGUGGUGUUAUGAAGAAACGCGUAAAGAAAAUUCGCGAUAAGUCAAUUGUAAAACAUCAAAAACUUAAACGGGAAUCGUAUGUGAAUAAAUAAAAUAUAAUAUAAUAUCGAGUGGUGUUCAAAAUGGAAAAUAAGUGCAACAAAACACCAAAUGCCAACAAUAAAUACAUGGAUCAUGUUUAUUGUCAUCCAACGGAAAGCAAGAACUACAUUAGAGCCAGCAACAAUGCGGGGGGUGGUGGCGGAGCUGCAUCGGUGGCGAAUACGGAUUAUUUGGCACUUAUAAAAGAAAACAAACAACUGCGUGCUAUGUUGAUACUACAUUUGGACUUAAUACAAGCGCAAAGUGACCAACUACAAGUGAAGGAUAAACAACUUGCAACACAAAAUGAGGAAAUUGAUAGUUUACGCUCAAAGAAUCAGCAGCUGGAAACACAAGUACAGGAGUUGCAGAAACAAUUGCAACGUCAUAUUAAACGAACCGCCAAUUCGCCACCUCCUCUGGCCAAAAUACAACGCAAAGCAGAACCCAUGCUAGCAAGUCGUGUGUCGCCCGUAACGGCGGCAACAGUGGCAGCACCCGGCGGACAAAAUAUUAUUGGCGAGUGCAAUGGUAAACUUAUAAGUAAAAUUAUUUUGCAUCGUGUUAGUAUGCCGGAUCAUAGUCCGAAUUCAACAACAACCGGUACUUCAGAUAGUACAUCCGAGGCGGAUGACAGUACAACUAGCAAGACACAUGCGGAGCAAGAUGAAAAUGACGAUUAUGCAGAGGAUGACGAUGAUGGUGACUUGGAGGAAACUGUCGAAUCUACCGGUAAUUCCUCUGAGGAUAGUAAUGAUGUGGUAUCGGUACAUUCCAAGCCUGUUGUACAACAAAGAAUGUCUCCUGUACACGUUACGCGUGGCGCCAAACCUAUGCGACAAUUAGCGGCGCCAAUAACAAUAGUGCCGGCUACAACAAAUGCUACGACGUCUGUCGUACCAGCUUUGGUACCCACAAUUACAACAACAGCAAGUACAACCCAAGUGUGUGUUACGCCACCAACACCAAGUCGUGGUAAACAAAUGCCUCUGAUGCUGUGGCAUGCACCAGAUAUGCAAUCCGAUGAAUCUGCAAGCUGUGAGUCACUUGGUGAACUCUCCGAUCAGCGUUCUAUGGUUGCUUCGCCAGCCUCACCAAAAGUUGAAAAUCAAGCAACGAAAGCAAAGAAUAUCACAACUCAUUCGCUACGCAGUAGUGCACACUUGCAAACUCAACUACGGCAAAACAAAUCUCGUCGUUGUGCUUACAUAUCCACGGACCAGAUGUAUUGUACACGUGCAUGGGAGGAUGAGGAAAUCGUGGCCGAUGGCUACGAAUUUAUGAAGGAAGAAGUAGAAGCACUACAAGCUGAUGCACCCAUGUUAGAGAUACCCAAAUGGACAGAACACGAACUCACUGUGUCCUAUUGCAUUGAGGGCACCGAAAAUUUAUCCGACGAAGCGUUCCUUAAACGUCAUGAAAAGUUGGAAUUGGCGGAGAAGCGCCGAAAGAAGUGGGAUGUGCAGCAAAUACGCGAACAGCGACGUAUAGAGAAAUUGAAACGACGUCACUGCAAGGACGAAAUACAAAUACCACCGGAUCAACAACCGCUACUGAGUUUUUAUCCCCAACCUGAUGCAAUACAAACAAUUUGCUUUACUAACGAUCUACCGGUGCAAGCCUUCGGAGAGCUAGUACCGAAAUUAAGUGCGCUCUAUGAUUUUGACUUGCCAUGGCUGGAUGCAUUAAAUAGCGUACGGACACCAGGAUCAGCGGCGACGGGCUCCAUUGUCACAUUGAUACAAAGUCAGGCCGGCGCAAGUGUCUCCACAGCGCAGGGCCAACAACAGUUACUGAACUCAACUUUCGUGUUUGUAAAAAAACGUAAGCGACAACAAAGCGGUACAACUGGUGGCGCGGGCGGUGUGCAAACCACACGCCAGCGUGGUGCAUUACGCAGAGCAGCGGCUAUAACGGCGACGCCAGCUGCGGCGACAGUGGCGCCCGAACAAACUGUGAUAGCACAACCAGCCAUAGCGGAAACUGCGACAGCAACUGCUACGUCAACAAUGGCUAUUCGUAAUUUGUCGACUGUUACGAAUGAGAAAGUCAGCGAAGCAACGUCAAAGUAGUUAAGUGUCAACGGCGCUUUUACACAAACGCGUACUCUCAUGUUGGUCUCAGAAAGUUUAAAAUGAAUUUUUAGUUGUAUAACAUUGUUGUAAGUCGUUGCAUUGUCGGAUUGUCCAUUAAUUAGACUAUUUUGUUGCAUGGAAAUGAAAAUUAUUCUUUAUUUUUAUUUUUAUUUUUACUAAAGUAAAGUGGCUUUAUAAAAGAUCAUUAAUGAACUUGUAUAUAUGUAUAAACUAAAUAACGGGACUGUAACAAAAUCUAUUUUAGCUUAAAAAUAGUGAGAUUUUAGCAAAAUUACUUGCAGUCAUUUGAGUAAUUAUUCAAAUUGUAUUUAUGUACAUAUAUGUAAUUUUAAUAUAUUCUAAAAGCGUCAAGCUUUUCGGCAUAUUGUGAUGUAUGCGCUAAGCAUAUGCAUACAAAAAAUGGCCAAUAGUAGUUUCCUUUAAUAUUGCUCAAGACUUGCGAGAUCUCAAAAUGAGAACGUGACACUUUCAAUUUCAAUUUCAAUGUGAAAAUUUUCUAAUUUUCUAUAGUGAAUACCGUAAGUAAAUACUUUUAGUUUAUACAUAAAACUAAAAUUGUAUAGCAGUUUAAUUUAUUUAUUUUGAAAUAAUUAUACUUUUGUGUGCGCGUCUUUCCAGCAGCUAACACAGAAUUCUAAAACAAUGUAAAUGUAAUUUAGGUAAUUUAGUGAUAACUUCAAAAGUAAUAAGUAGAAAAUUCGAAGAUUCGAUAAUACAAACAUAUAAUCCCAGUCUUAUGAAACGAUCUUGAAAAAAAUGUAGUGUUACAUCUUUUGAGCUUAGUACAUAAAUAACUGUUGUCCAAAGGUAGCCUUCAAUUUUUUUAGUGUAGCAAUAUAUGGGAAUUAGGCAAAAUAUGACAUGAAAACCAAAUUAGUGCCGAAUAAAUUGUAUUUACUAUAUGCUUUAUGUGUGCGUGUGUGUUGGAAAUGAAAGUAAUUUAUUUAACUAACAAUGAAUUGUUUUAUGAAAAAUAAUAUUUUUAUUUGCCGGACUUGAUUUUGUAAUGAAAAGAAAUCAUACAAACGGAGUUAGUUUAUAAUUAAUACAUAUCUUUUAUAUGCCAACAUACUUUGUAGAAUUCGAAUUCGAACUGAAUUGAUAAUAAAUCUUCGACAAUAAACGAAAUAUCGUUGAAGAAUUAGUUUUGUAAAGCAUUUAUUUGUGAAGAAAUUGUAAAGAAAUGAGAGUAUAUAAUGCAAUAUAACACACAAAUGAAGCUCUAAAUUAUAUCAUAUGCAUAUAUAUAUAUAUAAUUGUAAGUUAUUUUACGUUUACAAUAUAAAUUAGUUGGCACCAAGUCGGGUUAAUAUGUAAACAUUAUAAAAAAAGUGUUUAAAUGCUUUAACUUUAUAUAUAUUUAAUUUACAAACGAGAUAAACGAGACCAAAUAAAUUACAAAAAGUGCAUUUUCGUAGGGAAAAUUUAGUAAGCUAGAAGUCAAAUUAGUGUUAAUAUUAUAUAAUUUAUAUGUACUAUGUGGUCUGACCAACAGACCGAUAAACAAAAUAAUAAUUUUUAUUCGAAAUGAAUUCAA